AUGACUUUCAACAAGUAUAUGUGGCUCGUUCUCUCGGCUGUUUCUUUUAUACUUACAAUUCCUCAUGCAGCUGCUUAUGACCCACUGGAUCCGAAUGGGAACAUUACAUUGAAAUGGGAUGUCAUAUCCUGGACUUCCGAUGGUUAUGUGGCAGUAGUGACAAUGAACAACUUUCAAAUGUACCGGCACAUCAUGAGCCCUGGCUGGACCUUAGGAUGGGUAUGGGCAAAGAAAGAGGUAAUCUGGUCCAUGGUUGGAGCACAAGCCGUUGACCAAGGAGACUGUACCAAGUUUAAAGGAAACAUACCACAUUGUUGUAAGAAAAAUCCUACAGUUGUUGACUUGCUCCCUGGUGUCCCCUACAACCAACAGAUUGCCAAUUGCUGCAAAGCUGGUGUUGUGGCAUCAUGGGGUCAAGACCCUUCAGCUGCUGUCUCUUCCUUCCAGCUGAGUGUUGGGCGCUCUGGAACUUCCAACAAAACCGUCAGACUACCAAAGAAUUUCACUUUGCUUGGUCCAGGACCAGGCUACACUUGCAGCCAAGCAAAGAUUGUGCGAUCUACAGUUUUCAACUCACCUGAUGGUCGUCGAAAAACUCAAGCGCUGAUGACUUGGAAUGUGAUAUGUACUUACUCACAGUUGCUGGCGUCUCGCUACCCAACCUGUUGUGUCUCUAUGUCAUCAUUUUACAACUCUACAAUCACUCCUUGUCCAACUUGUGCCUGUGGUUGCCGAGACAAAAAGAAAUGUAUUGUGAGUGAUUCAAAGUUGUCAAGUGUUGUGGGAAUACACACACCAACAAAGGAUAACACCCCGCUGCUUCAGUGCACACAACAUAUGUGCCCAAUUCGGUGGACUCUUGUGGUUGAACAUCCAAAUCUCAACCAUAUUACAGAAGUUUUUAGCUUUGUCUACAAGCCCCUGACCCCAUAUCAAUCCAAGAAUGACACUGGUUUGUUUUACGGCAUAAAAUUCUACAACGAUCUCCUAAAAGAAGCUGGGCCAGAGGGAAAUGUACAAUCAGAGUUGAUUCUUGAGAAGAAUGCAAACACAUUCACAUUCAAGGAGGGUUGGGGUUUCCCUCGUAAGGUCUAUUUCAAUGGGGAUGAAUGCAUGAUGCCCCAACCUGAUGAAUUCCCACGUCUACCAAAUGCUGCCCAUACAAAUCUAAUUACAGUACCAAAAUUGGCUCUCUUUUGGCUUCUGAUGUUUCUGGCUCUUCCCUGA